GUUGUAAGUGACGUGGCCGGUUCUGAGGUGUACAAUCUUGUGUGGAUUACCUUAUUUGUAUGGUCUCUAAUACUAGUAUCUUUUUGCUGUUAUAUUCCGAUAUAAUAAUUAAUCAUGCACAUGUUAAAAAGAGACAAGAAGGACGAGGAAGAUGGAUCUUCUAAUCCAUAUGCUAAUUUAGAGAAAAGUGCUGUACUACAGGAGGCAAGGACAUUCAAUGAAACUCCCAUCAAUCCAAGGAGAUGCUGUCAUACCUUAACCAAGAUAUUGUAUAUUAUCAAUGCGGAGCAUGAGGGGGAACAUCUUGGAACAACCGAAGCUACUGAGACAUUCUUUGCAAUGACCAAGCUGUUUCAGUCUAAUGAUCCAACCUUGCGCCGUAUGGUAUAUUUGACUAUCAAAGAGAUGGCUAAUAUUGCUGAGGAUGUUAUCAUUGUGACCAGUAGUUUAACAAAAGAUAUGACUGGAAAGGAAGAUCUUUUCAGGGCUGCAGCUAUCAGGGCUUUAUGUAAAAUAACUGAUAGUACAAUGUUACAAAGUAUAGAACGUUAUAUGAAACAAGCCAUUGUUGAUAAAGUACAUGCAGUGUCAAGUGCUGCUUUGGUCUCAUCGCUGCAACUCAUGAAGACAAGUCAUGAUGUUGUCAAACGCUGGGUAAAUGAAGCAACAGAGGCUGUUUCUAGUGAUAAUAUGAUGGUACAAUAUCAUGCAUUAGGAUUACUCUAUCAUAUUAGAAAGAAUGAUCGUUUGGCAGUAUCCAAACUUGUAUCAAAGUACACCAGACAAUCACUCAAAUCACCAUAUGCAGUCUGUUUACUGAUCCGUAUUGCAUGCAAACUUUUGGAGGAAGAUGGUGCUGGGCAUGACAGUCCCAUGUUUGAUUUCAUUGAAAGCUGUUUACGACAUAAAAGUGAGAUGGUGAUUUAUGAAGCUGCUCAUGCCAUUGUUAACAUGCAUAACACCACAGCAAGAGAAUUGGCCCCAGCAGUCUCUGUUCUACAGUUAUUCCUGAGUUCACCUAAACCAACACUCAGAUUUGCUGCCACUAAAACGCUAAAUAAGGUAUCAAUGACACAUCCAGCUGCAGUAACUGCCUGUAAUUUAGAUUUGGAAAACCUGAUAACAGAUGUGAAUAGAAGCAUUGCUACAUUGGCCAUCACCACACUACUCAAGACUGGUAGUGAAAGCAGUGUGGAUCGUUUGAUGAAACAGAUUUCAAGUUUCAUGUCUGAGAUCUCUGAUGAAUUCAAGGUCGUUGUGGUUCAAGCAAUCAAGUCAUUAUGUAUGAAGUAUCCUCGUAAACAUCCAGUCAUGAUGAACUUUCUGUCCUCUAUGCUCCGUGAUGAGGGUGGAUUUGAUUACAAGAAAUCCAUAGUGGAUACUAUUAUAUCUAUCUUAGAAGAGAAUAGUGAAGCUAAAGAAGCUGGAUUAGCUCAUCUCUGUGAAUUCAUUGAAGACUGUGAGCACACGUCUUUAGCAGUGCGUAUAUUACAUUUAUUAGGACGUGAAGGACCACGUGUCGCACAACCUUCUAAGUAUAUUCGUUUCAUAUACAAUCGGGUCAUCUUGGAAAAUGCUGCUGUACGAGCUGCUGCUGUUAGUUCUCUUGCUAAGUUUGGAGCCAACUGUGAAGACUUGCUGCCCAGUGUAUUGGUGCUGUUGGAAAGAUCUUUGCUUGACAGUGAUGAUGAGGUACGUGAUAGAGCUACACUAUAUUUGAGUGUUCUCAAACAACAUCAGAAAGUACUGAAUUCAGCAUACAUAUUAAAUGCCUUGAAUGUGUCCAUCGUUGGUUUGGAGAGAGCAUUACAUCACUAUACCACUGAGCCUUCUGAUGUAGCGUUUGAUAUCAAGAGUGUGCCAUUAGAGACUCAGCCAAUCACUGAACAAAAGACACCACCUGAAUUUGAUUCACUUGGACCAUUAUUCAAAUCAUCGUCUAUGCCUGUUGAGUUAACAGAAUCUGAAUUAGAAUAUUCUGUACAUUGUAUUAAGCAUACCUUCAGUAAUCAUAUUGUGUUCCAGUUUGAUUGUACAAAUACACUGAAUGAUCAACUACUUGAGAAUGUCACGAUUCACAUGGAUCCUUCUGAUGGUUUUGAAGUUGUAAAUUAUGUGCCAGCACAGUGUUUAAAAUAUAAUACACCAAGUACUACAUAUACCUGUGUUAAAGUUCCAGAUGAUCCAUUGUCAGUUACAAGUACAUUGAGUAAUACAAUGAAGUUUCUUGUGAAAGACUGUGAUCCUAAUACAGGUGAACCUGACCAUGAUGGAUAUGAAGAUGAAUAUGUGUUGGAAGACAUUGAAGUUACUGUGUGUGAUCAUAUACAACGGGUUAUGAAACCAAACUUUGGUGCAUCAUGGGAAGAAAUUGGUGAUGAUAACCAGAUUGAAGAAACAUUUGCUUUGUCAGCUAAAAGUUUGGCAGAAGCUGUAAAGAACAUCAUAAGUUUCCUUGGUAUGCAGCCAUGUGAGAGGUCUGACAAGGUAGCUGAAGGUCGUAGUUCACACACCUUGUAUUUAGCUGGUGUAUAUCGAGGUGGCCAUGAUGUUUUAGUAAGGUCUAGAUUAGCUCUGAUGGAAGGUGCUGUUACCAUGCAAAUUACUGUGAGAAGCACUCAACUGAGUGCCAGUGAGGUGAUUGCUUCUGCUGUGGGAUAACUCUUUAUCUGGGAUCUAAUGGAGUUGCUAAUAUUGUAUUUUCAUCUUCAUCGUAUAUUUCAGUGGACUGGUUUAAUAUAAUAUUAUUACUACUAAGAGAACAUGUUUGCUUUGAGAAAUUUUACAAAACUUUAAAAUUGUUGACUGAUUAUAAGAUUUUUAGCAAGCUAUGUAAAACAUUGCCAAUUUUGACAUAAGCAUUAGAUGACUUUUCAGAUCUCCGAGCAUCUUCUCUGCUUGCUUAUGUAUGUUCACAACAGAAAGGGAGUCGUUUGUGAGCCUGUUUUGGUUUAGUAAACAUACUUGUUGUCUCCCAUGUAUAUCUUACAAACAUAAGUACAAGUACGGAUACCAAUAUGUUAUAAAUGGACUGAAAAACAUGCAUACCAUAUUAUGAAAACUUCUUUACUUUCCAAUAUGGAUGGCCAACAAUACUGAAUCUUCAUGUCUGGCACAAAACUCAAACUAUUACAGUAAAAUGUCUGCUUAAAAUUAUAUAUUCCUGCUGACCAGAAGAGAAGUGAAACAAUUUUGACCCCCCCUUUAUAUGUGCAUCGUAGCUAAGCAACCAGAGAAUUCAGAACUUGUCAACUUUAAUAAUAAAAAAGAGUGACGAAAUAUGAAUUAUUUGUUUACACACAUUGUAGAAUAUUGUUUGGUGAUUGCAAUUAACACCCCCCCCCCCCAUGAUGUGGUAUUUAAAUUUAUCCAUUUUACAACCUGUAUACUUACGCUAUAUCAGUUACAUUAAGUGGAAAUAAACAGUGAGAAUACAA